AUGUCGGUCCGGAACCCAGACAACAUCUGCUCGAACCUCAACCACGACGCGAGCGAGAGCGACCUCUGUCCCUUCAACGUCAACAUCAACAUCAACGACGUCUUCGGUUGCGGCGGCUACGCACACCGUCGCGGUCGGUGCUCAGAGAAAGGCGAUACCGUUCUCUUUCGCUUCUACCCCGGCGGCCACGCAGUAGCGCGUUCCGACUUUGGGUUACCAUGCAUCCCCUACGAGCUCACGGGCGUCAACCACGUGGGCUUCUUCAGCAAGAUCCAGACCCCGCACGUCGUGUCCAACGACCUGCCGACCUUCUCCAUCAAGAUAAACGACACGCAGCCGAUAUUCUUUUACUGCUCCGCCCCGGGGUCGUGCGUGGACCACCACAUGAUUGGCGCCAUCAACCCUAACUCGACCCAGACGCUGGAGAAGCAGGAGGAGGCCGUGAGGAAGGCUAGCCUGCAGCUCACGCCCGGCGACGCCUGGCCCAGCGAGACGGCGCGCCCGACGACGCCGACAGCCGGCGCGGCGGGUGGUCAGCAAGUGGCACCUGCGCUGGGGCCCGGGCAGAUCGCGGGCAUCGCCAUCGGCGGGACCGCGGCCCUCGCGCUGGUCGGCGCGCUGUUGUUCAUCUGCGGGAGGAGGAGCGGCCGCGGGCUGUUGCCGUGGUCGAAGGAGGACGGCGCGGCGGCGGCGGCGGCGGCAGCCAACCCGCCGACGCCGCGUCUCGGCGAGGGCGGCACGCCGCUCGCGGGCAACGCGGCCCCGCUCGACGUCAAGCAUCAGCAUCAGCAGCAGCAUGUCGGAACGCUCUCGAGCCCUGGCCACUCGCCGUUCGCGACGACCGUGUCCCCGUACUCGGCGGCGGCGAUCAUGCACGACCCGUACCGCGCGGCAGGUGUCGCGCACCAUCCGUACCACCCGCACCACUACCAGAACGUGGUGCCACCGCCGCCACCGCCGUCGCACGCGGGGGGCAGGACGCCGCCCUACAGCCCGGGGUCGUUCCCGACGUACCAGCCGAUCUCGGGGUACGGCCCGCAGCACCAGCAGUACAUGCCGCACCACGGCGCCAGCGUCAGCUCCGCGCCGAAUUGGGCCGCUCCGAGACCCGGCGCGCAUGGCGCCCACGAGCUCCCGCCGCCGACCGCCCCCGUGGAACUUUCCGCGGCUCCCAGGAGUCCAGGGUUCCAGGCGUACCAGCAGUCGCGGCAGUUUUCUUACUCACACAACUCAGAUAGGGGGUUCACGCCUGGGCCGAGGCCGUAGGGUUAGUACGGUGUUGUGCGACAGAGUUGAGUUAUGUUUUCUUGUAAAUAUUUUAUUCCAAGCCUGUCCGUAUUGACGGGUUUGUAUUAGUUCGAAUAGACUUCAAGACGAUCCUCAAAAUAAACCCAACUGCCUAUUCGGG